AUGUUUAAAAUCGAAUUUGAUUAAGAUGUUGAAUUGAGAGCAGUAUAAAAUGAUGAUUUCGAAUAAUAAUACCUUGAACAUUGUUUAAGAGAGUAUAGAAAAGAGCCUGCUCUUACAAUUCCAUAAAUUAGUAGAACCUUAAGUUAAAAAACAAUUGAAGUGGAAUGUCUUAAUAAAGUAUCAGAGACACCUUUUGAUGAAAAUCUUAUUCUUACAUAAGCACCAAGUUCUAAUAUAUUUGGUCGUCAAUAUCUAAAUUAACAUGAAAGAAGAGGUAGUCUUCCUAAUGCUGGAACAAGUUUAAUGUGCAGUUUCUAUAUUAGGAGAUUUAUAGAAAAAAUCUCUUAGAGUAGGAAAAAAUUUUUAAAUAUGAAUGAGAUUCAUUUCAAUCUUAUUGAAGAUAAAGCAGCUGAUAUGUAUAUUAUAUUUUAAGUAGGCAAAAUUUAUUCAAUCAUUAAGGAGAGUGUAAACGAUAAGGAUUUACUUUGGGUAAAAUGAAAACUUUCUUAAGAAAAGAAACAACCAUCAAUUAACUAAGUCAUUGGGAAGAAGUAUAGGAAUAAAUCAGAAAAAUGAAGAAAUAAUUUUUAAACUUUAUGACAUUAAUAGUAAAUAAGAUUCCAAUCAUUCAACCUGAAUCUCGUUUAAAGAUGAUAUGGGACUUUUUUGCUUCUUUUUUUAGAAUCCUUUUAGUAAUUUUAGUGCCUUUAGAAAUUGCCUUUUAACCUUGUAUCUUAUUCACAGACUUUAUUUUUCUUACUGCAGUGAUUUUAUUAAUAUUAUAACUUGACUUUAUGAUAAGAAUAAACACAUUAUCAUACAGAAAUGGAUCUGCAAUAUAAAAUCGAUGGGAAUUAUUGGUAUAUCAAUUUAAAAAAGAGUUCUUGACAGAUUUUUCAACUUCAUUUCUAUUAAUAAUCUUCAUAAUAAUGCCAGAAAUGGAUAAUAAUUUUAAUCUAUUUUUAUUACUGACUUUGGCAUAAUAUAAGUAUAUUCAUGAAACAUUUGCAAAGAGUGAUUAAAUAUCUUAUUUGACAAGACCCAUAAGAGGAAUUAUAGGUUUAGUUAAAUUAAUACUAACACUAUUAUUUAUACUACAUUUAUUUAGUUGUAUAUGGUUUUGGUUUAGUAAGAUAAGUCUUGAAGAUUCAUGGAUCAAAUUUAAUGGAUUAGAUCUAAAAUCUUGGGAAUUACAAUACUUGGAAGCAUUGUAUUUCGCUGUUGUAACAAUGCUAACAAUUGGGUAUGGAGAUAAUGUUCCUAAAAAUUCUAUAGAGAAGAUUAUUACUAUUAUUUUUAUUUUAGGGGCAUGUAAUAAUAAUAAAAUAAAUUAUUUUAGGUUUAUGGUUCUCUUAUAGUAUCAAUUUCAUAGGAAGUAUUAUUGAUGAUAUAACUUAAAAUCAGGUUGAGAGAAAUCGAAAAAUGAGAGUCAUAAAUAAGUACAUGGAUCAAAGAAAGAUUCCAUUUAAUUUAAAGCAUAAGUAAGAAAGUGAAUUAAAUAAUAAAAUAGAAUUAAAGAAUUCUUGACUUUUAGAUGGAAAGAAGAUGAUGAAGUAGAUCUAGAAAUAGAAUAAGUUUUACUCGAAUAAUUAUCAGAUGAGUUGAAAGAAGAAUUAGAUAAAGAAGCACAUAAAAUAUUUAUCUAAAAAUCAGCUCUUCUUUAACGUUUCAGUGAUGAAUUAAAGGAUGCUCUAUCUAAAUCAAUAAAAAGAAAAAUCAUUCCUCCAUAAAAUACAUUCUCGAUUGACUUUGAUGAUUGUUAACAUUUGUGUUUUGUAGAACAAGGAGUUUUACUUUAUCAACAUCUUGAUAGAAAGUAAAGAUCUAAGAUGAAUGCUCCAAUAAAAUAAGGUCAAUUUUUCUGUGUGGAAGAUUUUAUCAUUCAAAGUUCUUAAAAAGAUUACUUUAAGUCAAAUGGAUAUGUUAGUUUAUUAAUUUUAUCGAAAUUAGAUUUUAUGAUAACAAUUAAAAAUUACCCUGAAGAUUUUUAAAAAUUUUGUGAAAUAAGAGAACUUAUGACCUUAAGUUUAAAACCUCCAUAGUUGGAAAAUGGAGUAUUUUGUCCAGCUUGUUUAUGUUUUAAUCAUUCUUUAUCUAAAUGUCCUUAAAUUUAAUAUAUCCCAGAUAGAGAAGCUAUUUUAAAGAAAUAUUUAUUACCAUAAAUUUAAGAAAGAAAAAUUUAUGAAAGAAAUGUUUCAAAAAGAUUUAAUAAUGACUAAAUUAUUAGAAGAUCAAGAUUAGAAAAAGAUUUAGUUUAACAAUUCGCUUAUUUUUUUUAAAAUGAAAAUCAAUAAUAAAUCUAAGAAUAACAAAAAGUUUUAUUAGUUUUUGAUUAAGAUUCUAUCACCUCAAAUGGAGAUCCUAGUCCUUGUAAUAAAAUUUAGAUUGAUGGAUUUUAAGCUGCUGUUUAAAAAUCAAAAAGACUUAUCAGUGAUUCUCCAAUACAAUAAUCUACUAAUGCUAAGUUGUAGGAUACUAAAUAAAGUCUUCAUUAAGCAUUGUAAAAUAGAAAACAAUCUUUUUUUAAUUUAAACAUUCCUUCAAAUAUUGGUAAAAGUCCAAAGAAUUUAUUAAUUCAUAAAGUAGAUGUUAUAAAAGAAGAUGAGAAAAGUGAAGAAAAUGAAGAAAGUAGCAAUAGUGAUAGUAAUAGUAGUUGUGAAAAGAAGCACGAUAGAAAAAAAUAUUUUAGUGUUUCUGAUUUUAAUGAGAAUAUGAUGGAAAAUGUUAUUAAUUUGUACCAUUAGCUAUAAAGAGAAUUAGAAUUAAAUGAAAAUGAUAAAACUGUUUAAAAAGCUUAUCUCUAAGUUGAACCAAUCUAUUGGUCAUUUCAUUAAUAAAAUUUAUAUGAAUUUGAACUACUGACAACUUACGAUUAUUUUUUCAAAGGUUAUAAUUAUAAUGAAGUUAUCAAUUUAGCUUAAAAAAAUACUUUUUAAUGGUAAUCACAAUUCAUUAAUAAAUUAUAAAGAUAUAUGCUUUAUCCAUUUCUUUUUAUUUAGAAAUAUAUGAGUAAAAAGAGAAAUGUUAAAAAUACUGAAAAAAUAAAGAGAGACCCUUCGAAACGAUUAAAUAAUCGUUUAAAUACUUUAAGAAACAGUCUUAAAUUAAAAAAAAAAUAGUCAGUUUUAAUAAAGCCAAUCUAGAAGUUUGGAUAAGUGGCUCCAGAACUUUGA